CUAAGUUGGUUUGAGUGAGAGUGCAGAAACAACUUUUCUAGUCGAUUUUUCUUGGUGAUCGUGUAUUGUUGCUGUUAUACCAUUGCUCUCCUGCUGCUCCAUGGUUUGUUCAUAGGCUUGACAUUGGUUCUGCUCAUGCGCUGUGGACUGAUUGGGCUUAAUUUUUCUUGACAGUAUCUCUAUGACUCACUCAAAGACACAACCGUAAUGAAAUGUGGCCACACAAUGCACUGUGAAUUUUAUCAUGAGACGAUUUAGCGUGACGAUUUAGCAUUUUUAUCUCUGCAAAAUGAAUUCAUUUCCUCUUUUUCGUUUACCUGUGAAAAAAUAGUUUUCCUGAUAUGUCACACAGAUAUUGCUGCCCCAUAUGCUCGGGGUUGAUUAUUGACAUGUCUCAAACAUGGAAGAGAAUAGAUGACGAGAUUGAAGCCACAGUCAUGCCUGAGGAUUAUCGGUAUAAGAAGGUUUGGAUUCUAUGCAAUGACUGCAAUGAUACUACUGAAGUUUUCUUCCACAUAAUUGGGCAGAAAUGCAGCCACCGCCAAUCCUACAACGCAAGAAACAUUGCACCUCCAGUGCUUCCUCAGUGACAAGCCUGAACUUCUGAAGCAGUUGUUUGCUCAGCGAGCGAGUGAGGGGCCGUGCUGAUUGCAUCUUCAACCAGUUUUUUCAUUUCCAUUCUUAUAUGGCUAGCGGGAAUUGGUUUUUGAUUCAAAACUGUAACAUUUACUUGCAUUCGUUGUCACAAGUGUUUGAUCUGGUAUUCUUCCUCCAACUCUUCGGAGUUUAAAUCCAAUCGAAAGAUCACUGGAUGUAACAAUCAGAUAUCGGCACUCUCGUGAUUAUAUGCCGUGACAGGUCUUUUUUGACUUAGUUACUCGCGCUGCAAUAUACACACACAAGUGCACUGCAUUUUUUAGAUCAAUUCGAGCAAUGAAGUAACAGGAUGUUAUCAAU